AAGAACAUAAAGAAAAGAGCAAAAACAAAUAUUUCACGAGGAAAAUGAAAGGUGAGUUUCUUACAUUGGCUCUUAUAUCUCUACUCUUGGCUUUCUCGUUUGUCUAUGGAGGAGGAGAGUCUGAAACCCCUGCUCAUUCUGCGGUCAGCCCGAGUAGUCCGACAGGAGGGUCCAGCGGUGCAAGUGGUUCGGCUCAUGGACCUAAUUGGGGAUAUGACUGGGGAUGGGGAUCAACACCCGAAGGUGGUUAUGGCUAUGGUUCUGGUUCUGGUUCAACACCAGAUGGAGGAGGAAAAGGGACAGGAUUUGGGUUUGGUUCUGGUUCUGGUACAGGCACUGGGGUUGGGUUUGGCUCAGGAGGAGGAGGAGCCACGGGCGGUGGCUCUGGCCAUGGUAGUGCGACCGGACACGCAAAUGAAGGCGGUGGCUCAGGGGGUGAAAAUGGUGGAGCUUCUCCAGGUCGUAGAGAAAGAAGCCAACACCGCUAAUAAUUAUAGCCAUUUCGCGCUGCCUCUUUAACACAUAAGAUAAGACUGGAAAAGAAACCAAAGUAUUAUUAUUGUAUUGUAUGAAUACUACAAGCUUGAUGCAUAAAUAAGAGGAUCAAACGAAUAAUUAAACAGUUGGGCGUUUCAUCUGUACUACGUAUUAUAGCUAAACCUGAUGUAUCCUUUGUUUGCGACGCAAAAAGUUAUAUGUUUUGAUAUAUGAUUUAAUACUUGCAAGAUGAUCAUAUGCGAAUAUGCAAAAGGAAUAGAAGUGUCUAC